AUGAAUGUUUCCGGUGAAAGCCACCACCCCCUCGACAGAUUCAGCAAUGUGUCUUCCCUCUAUGGUCCAGGGAACAUGGGCGGCUGGCUCUGCAUCCUCCUCUCCCUCUUUGUUACAUGGACGUUCAACCCCAAAUACUCCCGCUCCAACACCAUCUCGCCUGACUUCAUCAUAGCACUCACCAUCCCAGCGGUGGCAGCUGGCCAUGUGUACAAUUUGAUCUUCUUUCAAGCACCAUCUUCAUCAACCUCGAGUCUCAAGACUCUGUUGACAAGCUCCGACAUAUCUUCUCAACAAUUUUCAUCCGCCCUUGAAGCGCCAUUGACGGUGUGCGAGACAUUCUCUGGCUUCGGCCUCGCACUUUUUGGGUUGGCAACUUGGAAGGGCCAGAUGAAAAGGGCGUUGAUAGUGCUGGUGGUGACUGCUUUUACUUGGUCGCCAGAGUGGAGCAACAUGGUGAGGCCCUUCUGUCAUAACUUUGACGCACCGGUCAUUACCGGUAUUAUGACGACUUUAAUCGUUGCUGUUGCGCUGGCAGUCUUGAGUCAAAUUACUUCACUUGCGUCCCAUCAGUGCGACAUUUUGUUCAACGCCUCGUCAAAUGCCACGCAGGAACGCAUUCCCUUACACACAAUACAAAAACGGCUCGAUCUUGCAAGAGCCAAAUUAACCCUCACAGUUAAGGGUUGGUUUGAUGCUAUAUGGCCUGUCAUAUCUAUUCCCUUUCUCGUCAUCCAAGUGGCCAUCAUUAUUCUGGGCGGAGCGACCGAAACCAAGUACAUGUCGAGCAAUCAAAGCUUGGCUCUCAGGCUAUCUAUGGCUUUUCCGAAAAGCUCUUACAAAAUUGAUGAGCUUGACCAGGCAGUUUGCUUAAUUUUAGGCCAUGUUACCUUGGUGUUCAGUUUGUGGGAUGCUCUCAAAGGCAGUCUCAAAGAGCGGGUGGCAGCGCACAGAAUUCGAGGAGGACAGGAGGAAAAUGAGUAG